AUGAAGUACCCGGAGUCGCUUGCCAUAGCUUUCGCCAAGAAAUGCAAAUAUAGCCUCAAAAACCCCGGUUGUGAGAACAUUGUUGUGUCUUCAGAAAUUGUCCAUCAUCCUAAUCGGGCCGAUCUUUUGAACUUGUUUUGCUUCUGCACUUGUCGCAUUAUGCUUCACAAUUCCAUUCUUGUGAUUGAUUCACUGUCACCUUUCGACUAUCGGCAGGUCAUUGCGCGCAUCCCCUUUUCUAUCUAUUUCAUUGAGUUCUCCGAAUUUUAUAAUGGAGGUUGGUACUACAUGGUACUUGGUUACAGGGACCUGAGUCCCUUCACUUUUGUUUAA